AUGGUUCAGGUACCCAUGAAUACAACGGCUUCGAGCUCGACCAUGCGAGCCUCACCCUCAAACAGCACCAGCACUCCCAACGGUAACUCCACUUCUAAUCGAGGAAAAUCAAAUGGAAAUGGGAAUGGAAGUGGAAGUGGGAAUGGGAAUGGGAAUGCUUCCAAUCCAGCCGCAGCUCCUACGGCUUUGAGUGCGAUGGUAUCUCCACCUUUGGAUUUAACCAGUGUCGAGAGGAGGGGACAACCAACGGCGAGCCGAGAGACCACGAAAAAGAUGCGUCCCCAUGGUUUACAAGAAGCCCCAACAUAUAGACCAACGACAGAGGAAUUCAAGGAUCCAAGUGCGUAUAUUAAGAAGAUUACGCCAGAAGCUUCACAAUUUGGUAUCUGCAAGAUUAUCCCUCCGCAGGGCUGGACACCAGAGUUUGCGAUUGACACCGAGCACUUCCACUUCCGCACGCGCAAACAAGAAUUAAAUUCGGUCGAAGGCAGUACACGGGCGAAUCUUACAUAUCUUGAUCAACUUGCGAAAUUCCAUAAACAACAUGGAACGAACCUCAAUCGAUUUCCUAGCGUCGAUAAACGACCUCUCGACUUGUACAAACUUAAGAAGGCGGUUGAUACUAGAGGGGGAUUCGAGAAGGUGUGCAAGCUGAAAAAAUGGGCGGAGAUCGGCAGAGAUUUAGGAUACAGUGGGAAGAUUAUGUCUUCAUUAUCGACGUCAUUGAAGAAUUCAUACCAAAGAUGGUUGCACCCAUAUGAAGAAUAUCUACGAUUGGCCAAACCGGGAGUACAUCAACAACUAGAGUUUGAAUAUGGAGGACCACUUACACCAUCUCCUGCGAAUUCACCGAUGAAGAGAUCAGUACAACAUACGCCAUCAAGCUUAAGAGGUGAAUCUCCAGCGAUGCGCGCAUCUGAUGCUUUGAACACUAGUGUAAUGAAGGAAGAAUUCGAAAAGGGCAUGAAGAAUAUCCCGAUGUUAGAUACUCCUGUCGUACCAAGACCACAAGCUACAUCUGGUUUUACUCCGGUAAAUGUUGGGGGUUUUACAGCCGUCAACUCGGCGCCCGCAAGUUUUACACCUGUCAAUAACAAUCGUCGUGAACGAGAGGCAAGUGCUAGUUUUACACCAACAGCACGGAGACCACCAUUCGAUAGUCCGAUUUCAUCGAUUUCAUCGGCCAAAAAUACACCAGAGUACAGACCUUCUGCUCUCAGUUCGGCUCCGGUAUUAAAUGGUUUUACGUCUAAUCCACUAUCCAAGAGGCAGUUAAGUCAUGAAAGUUUAAGUUCGGGAAAAGGAAGUCAACCACCAGAAGAUGCCGAAAAUGGUGGAAGACGUAGCAAGCGACUUAAGAAAGAUGCUGUACCAACUGUGGCUGGAUCACAUAUGACCCAGUUUCGACCAACACCACCCAGAAAUCCAGGAGAACGUGGAUCGUCCACACCUGGGGAGGUUAGUGACGAUUCUUCUCUCUCUUCUCUCUCUUCUGCCAUCGAUACAGACAUAUACUUAAACCUUAACCAGAAAUGCGAGACUUGUGGAAAGGGUGAUGAUGCUGACAAAAUCCUGAUUUGCGAAUCAUGCGAUUACGGUCAUCAUAUGCAAUGUCUUGAUCCCCCUGUUACUCACAAACCCGAUUUUGACUGGCAUUGUCCUCGAUGCUUGGUUGGAGAUGGCCGUUUCGGAUUCGAAGAAGGCGGAAUCUACUCUCUCCGGCAAUUUCAACAAAAGGCGGCAGACUUCAAGGAAGGAUACUUUCAAAAUAAGAUGCCGUUCGACCCUGUCCUCAAUUGCCCUCGACCAGUUACGGAAGAUGAUAUCGAAAGGGAAUUUUGGCGCUUGGUCGCUAGUCUCGAAGAGACUGUCGAGGUUGAAUACGGCGCCGACAUUCAUUCCACCACACAUGGAAGUGGGUUCCCAACUAUUGAGAGACAACCACAAAAUCCUUAUUCUACCGACCCCUGGAAUCUGACCAUCCUGCCCCUUCAUGGAGAAUCUCUAUUCCGACACAUCAAAUCGGAUAUUUCCGGUAUGACAGUACCUUGGCUUUAUGUUGGCAUGAUCUUUUCGACUUUCUGUUGGCACAAUGAAGAUCACUACGCUUAUUCCGCAAACUAUCAGCAUUUUGGAUCCACAAAGACUUGGUACGGAAUUCCAGGAGAAGAUGCCGAGAAAUUCGAAGACGCCAUGCGUGAAGCUGUACCCGAAUUAUUUGAAACACAACCUGAUUUAUUAUUUCAGUUGGUGACACUACUAACUCCAGACCAAUUGAAGAAAGCAGGUGUGAAUGUCUAUGCCUUGGAUCAAAGAGCUGGUCAAUUCGUCAUCACGUUUCCUCAAGCGUAUCAUGCCGGAUUCAACCAUGGAUUUAAUUUCAACGAGGCCGUCAAUUUCGCCCCUACCGACUGGGAACCAUUUGGAGAGUCUGGAGUGGGACGACUUCAACAAUUUAGACGACAGCCAUGCUUUUCCCACGAUGAACUCUUGUGGACUGCGGCUGAAGGUGCGGCAACUGGUGGUGUGACUAUCCAAACCGCUAAAUGGUUAGCCCCUGCUCUUGAGCGACUUCGCGAUCGCGAGGUUUCACAGAGAAAAGAAUUCAUUGAUCAACACAAGGAAGAUGGUCACACUUGUGUGGUUACUGAUGUCAUUGAGGGUGCUGGUCCGAGAUGUCACAUUGGGUUCCAGAUCGAUGAAGAAGAUGUUCCGGAAGAAGAAUACCAAUGCACUCACUGCAAAGUUUAUGCAUAUAUCUCGAGGUUCAAGUGUACCAAAAGUGGCAAAGUCAUGUGCCUCCUUCACGCAGGCACUUACGAAUGCUGCGAUAUUCCCGAGUCGGAAAGAUUUGCGGGUACUGACCACAUUCUACACUAUCGUCGUACAGAAGAAGCCAUUUCAGCCAUGCACCAAAAAGUCGCUGAUAAAGCAGGUCUACCUGAGAUCUGGGAGGAAAAGGUGGAGAAGUUUCUCGAAGAAGAUGCAACUCCAUCACUCAAAACUUUGCGUACCCUCUUGAAUGAAGGAGAGCGCAUCCCGUAUGAUUUACCAUCCCUCCCUUCACUCAAGAAAUUUGUUGAUCGAUGUAACGAAUGGGUGGAAGAAGCGACAAAUUACACCGUUCGGAAACAGCAGAACCGACGAAAGAACGAAAAGGCCUGGCGUAAAGGAAGCCGAGCUGCGGAGAUGGAGGAGAGAGAUCGUGAAUUACGGAAAUUCGAGAAUAUUAUCAAGUUGUUGAAGGAUGCCGAUAAAAUUGGGUUCCAUUGUCCUGAGAUUGACCAACUACGAGAGCGAGCCGAUGCCAUCACGAAGUUCCAAACCGAUGCUCGAGCGGCUUUGGCCCAACCUAGUUCACGACGUACCAAUGAGUUUGAAGAACUCCUUGAGAUUGGACGUGGGUUCAAUGUCGACAUGCCUGAGAUUGAUAAGAUUCAGAAGGAAGUUCAGCAAAUGAAGUGGAACGAUCGAGCCCGUGAUAAUCGUGGCGUCUUUCUCUCUCUGAAGGAAGUAGGCGACAUUAUCGACGAAGCGACCAAACUUGGGGUACCUGAUUACAACGUAUACUUGAUCCAUUACAAUGAACAGAAGAUCGCCGGGGUGAAUUGGGAAGUGAAAGCCAAAGAGGUCAUCGGUGCCGAGACUGUUCACUAUCCACAAUUGGAGGCCUUAUGCCAACAAGCUCAAACUGCUUCACUGCCUGUAUCGCCAGAAACAUUGGCUCAGGUUGAACAAAUCUUGAACAAGCAUCGAGAAGUUCACAAACAAAUCGUCUCAUUAUACGAUCGAUGUAGGGAUCCCGACUUCAUGAAACGUCCAGCUUACGCAGAGGUCGCCGUACUUCAAAAGGAACUUCAAGGUUUGGGUAGCAAACCAAGUGGCACUCUUGACUUGGAAAAGGAGAUCAAACGGCAUGAGGAUUGGAUGCGAAAAGGAAAAAAGUUAUUCGGCAAGGCAAACGCUCCAUUGCAUAUUCUUAAACAACACAUGGAAUAUGUCAUGGAACGAAAUGUCGAUUGUUUCGAUAUCAGUUCAGAUAAACCUCGACUUCCAGCCGAACCACUAUCCCGCGAACCUUCUCCUUCGAACGAUAAACUUCAUAGUUGGGAGGAUCCUAGAUUCCGAGAGGUCUUUUGUAUCUGUCGGAGGAUUGAAGCUGGUAUGAUGAUUGAGUGUGAGCUUUGUCAUGAAUGGUAUCAUGGUAAAUGUUUAAAGAUUGCGCGUGGUAAACUCAAGGAUGAUGACAAGUACACUUGUCCAAUUUGUGAUUGGCGUGUACGCAUUCCUCGUGAUGCAGCUAGACCAAAGCUUGAGGAUUUACAAGCAUGGCAAGAUGAGGUUCCGUCUUUGCCAUUUCAACCCGACGAAGAAGCCAUUCUCGAAAACAUUGUCAACAAUGCUCAAGAAUUCCGAACUCACAUUGCACCAUUUUGCAAUCCAGUCAUGGCAACAGCAGACGAAUCCGAAACUCAACGCUUCUACCUACGAAAGAUUGAAGGUUCAGAAAUCCUUCUCGCGUAUGAAACCAAUUUCUUCAGACAAGAACUUCAUAAAUGGUCACCAGUUGCACCGGAACCUCCACCGGUUCUUGAAUCUUCAUUGUCAACACGAAAACCUAGACCAACCAAACUUCAAAAAUUAAUGGCACAACAUGGAGUUGAUGUUCCCGAGGCUCUACCACAAAAUCUGAGAACCAAACCUCAUAACUUCAAGCGAAAGAGUAGUGAACCUAGUGGAAAUCGACCAAUGCAUUUACAACCUGCUCCAGGAAGGUCACAACCUGGAACGCCUACGGCUCACAGUUUCGCCACUAGUUCUGGUCCAAGCAUGGGUCUUCAUGGACCAAUCUUGAGUGGCAUUUCAAAUGUUCAUGAUCAUGCACAUCCGUACGCAAGCUACGCGCAAGAUCCAUAUACUAGUAUGGCGGCGUCAACAAACCCAUCUCCAGCUUUUGCACCGCAUGCUUAUCUGCAUGGUAGUGCGGUCGGUACCCCUACAUUCGGCCAUGCGUCCCCUCAUCGACCAAAUAUCUUCAAUGAGGCGGGAUUAUCAAGAAUGGAUCCUUCUGUAUCACUCAACAGUCCGUUGAGAGAUAACUUUUCAUUGGGUGUUAGUAGCUCAGGUCAAACUUCCUUGGGUGCCACUGCUGGUGAAGACACAAUUAUGGGAGAUAACAUGUUUGGAGAACUUACAAAUGUUGAUGAAGAACCUACUGGAAACAAAGAGCUUUCAUCGAUUGAUAGGAAACCGAUUGAUGAUAAGGUCACGACCGAAGCCACGAGAUGGGAUGAGGGAGGUGAUAAUAUGGAGUUAUUCUUUGAUGGACCUUGA